AUGGCCAACGACGAAGAGAUAGCAGUCUACGACGAGGUCGAGAUCGAAGACAUGACCUACGAUGAGACACUACAAAUCUAUCAUUAUCCCUGCCCCUGUGGCGAUCGCUUCGAAAUUGCGCUCAUGGAUCUUCAGGACGAGGCAACGGACAUUGCAGACAAUCUGCCGAAGCCGGAUUCUGAUCCUUCAGCACCAGGACCUGUUGAGAAUCAGGUCACUAUCGUUGCUUGA